UGUUGCAUCGUGCCUGCCCGGGGAGGUGCGGGGGGCAAAGGGGAGCCGGGCCCUGCGGAGGGGAGUCUGCACAGUGGCACUGCCCGCGGCAGGUUGGGGACGGGAACAGGGACUGGACCAGGGACAGCACAGCUGGUCGAGACCUGGUCACUCCGUUAUCAAGGCUCGAGUUGCACCGCUGAGCCUUGUUGGUCGCAGGGGCGAGGAAAUGCCGGCUCCAUCUGAAGGUCAUUGGAAAAUCGCGUAAUAUGCUGCGAAUACCUUGGCUUUGUAAUGCACUCUGAAAUGCUUCGGAGCCACCGACCGUAUUUAGCUGUUUAUCCAAUUUUACUUUGAAUGAUUGCUUCAGCAAACUUGGUGGAGAUCAAAGAAUCCCUCCCUGACAUGUUCGCUUUUCAUUAGCGCUGCGCACUGCGGUCCUGGAGCGGCCGGGGAAGUUGGCUUGGAAGUUUUCCGUUUUGAUACCGUUCGGCUGAGAAGUGUCCAGAUAUUUGAAGGCUUUGUCCGUUGCAGUAAUUACCAAUUUGGCAAGAUUCACUUGAGGUGAAAAGGGCGAGGAGAAAAAAAAAAAAGCCACCCCACCCACCUUAGGCGCAAAUGUACGCACAAACAUACAAACGCGCUCCAUCCCUAACUUAUAUCCAUGGCUGCGUCUGUGUACCUGGCUCCUCUGAUGCAGAAAGGGCCUCCUGAAGGAGUUCUGACUACAGGGGGUGGGCCGGACAGGGGAAAAGUGUUGGCCCCAGGCCUCCGCGGGAUCCACGGCCCUUUGGAUGUUCUUUUACUGGGGGUGAGAGGGGCGGAGGCGAACCGCUUGUUUCAGAGCAUUACCUGCUCUCACCUCUCUUCACCUCCCGCCAAGGAAAAGUUAUGUUCUCCUUGGGGAAAACCCCCGAGCAGAAACUCCUUCCGAUUAAUUUUAUCCCCAGUAUCCCGGGUGUGUUGACAGAGGGACGUGUCUGUGGGCGCGACGUGUGGCCGGGCCGCGGAGCAGCCGCCCCCUCCCCGCUUUCUCUGCUCCUAUAAUUUAUUUGAGGCGGAGGCAAAGGAGUGAAGUCAUCGGGCAACGAGCAAGCACGCACGCUUUGCCCCCCUCCCCUACCCCGCUUUGGUCCCCCCCGGCAGCCUCUCCUGCCGGCCUGGGAAGCCGGAGAGAUUUAGAUCUGCGAGGCUUUCAGCCAUCACGUGUUUAAAUACUUGAUAUAAAACCCCAGCGCAGGGGAUCCAGGCGGGGGGACUUUAAGACCAGCCCUCUCCAGGGACCCUUUUGUUCAGCUCUCAAACAUAAGCACCUUCUCGACUCGCCAGAACUUCAGUGGCGACUUGGCCGAGCAGGAAAAACCCGACUUUGGGAGAGCCGCCCCCGGCCUCGCAGCCUUCCGCGAUGUCACGCUCCUUCUAUGUCGACUCCUUAAUCAUCAAAGACUCCUCGAGGCCGGCUCCGUCCCUUCCUGAGCAUCACCACGGCCAGGACUUCUUCAUCCCUCUCAGCAUGCCUUCCCCCCUCGUCAUGUCGGUGUCGGGCCCGGGCUGCCCGUCUCGAAAGAGCGGCUCCUUCUGCGUCUGCCCGCUCUGUGUCACCUCGCACCUGCACUCCUCCCGCGGCGGCGGCGCCGGCGGGGCCAUCCCGCUGCUCAAGAGCCAGUUCCCCGCCGCCGCAGGCGAGGCCCAGUGCUGCCCGCGGACCGGCCACGCUCAGCACCCUCCGCAGCACCCGCCGCCCGCAGCCUCGGUGCCCACCGCCGCCGCCCUGGGACACCCUGCGCAUCACCCACCUGCCUGCGCCGCCACCACCUACAGCGUCAGCGACCCCCGGAGGUUUCACUGCCUCGGCAUGGGAGGGUCCGAAUCCAGCCAAAUUCAAAAUGGGAAACGGAUGAGGACUGCUUUUACCAGCACCCAGCUCUUGGAGCUGGAGAGGGAAUUCUCCUCCAACAUGUACCUGUCCCGGCUGCGGAGGAUCGAGAUAGCCACGUACCUGAACCUGUCCGAGAAGCAAGUGAAAAUCUGGUUCCAAAACAGGAGGGUGAAGCACAAGAAAGAAGGCAAAGGCACCCAGCGAAACUCGCACGGGGGCUGCAAGUGCAGCACCAGCCAGGGGCAUUACCCCCGGUCGGAGGAUGAAGAGUCUCUAUCCCCCUCAUCGGCUACGGAAGAUAAAGAGAUCUCACCGUUAUGAGCCCGGCUGGGAGCUCCGCUGCCGCACCCGGCUCCCAGCACGGAGCGACGUGGCGGCACUGCGGCUUACCUGGCACCGCUGCCCACGGACGGCAGCCCGCUAACCUGCCGCGGGCUGGCCCUCCCCGCCGCGGAGCUUUAAAUGUCAUCCAUCCGCAGUAAUAGGAAGAUACAUAUAUAUAUAAAUAUAUUUUCGGAAUGUAAACAUUUUAGUCGUGGGAGUUCAACCAAAACGUUAUUUAUGUAAUCCCAGGAGAGAGCACCUGCUCUUUCUAAAAUAUAACACGGGACAAGGCUCGCACGGCUCAGGCUGCCUUCCUCUGUGUCCCCACAGGCAAUUUAAAGGAAAAAAAAAAAAAAAGGAAACGCAUUUGAAACCGAAAGGCGAGGCAUUAAAAAAACCAAACAAACAAACAAAAAAAACCCCUCAACCAAAUUAAAAAGCAAACUAAAACCUGUAGAGAACCUUCUGGACGGACUUCUUAACAAAAAUAAGAAAGAUUGCCCUUUUGGGUUUGGGAUGGCUGUUUGUCUGUGAAUAGUUUUAUAUAAAAAUUAUAUUUAUAUUUAUUUAAAUAAAUGAG